AUGAGCUGUAGCGGCAAUUCAAGACUGACCAGCGGCGAUGUAGCCGAGCAGUGCUGUCGCAAUGUGCUCAACGAACUGAUCUGCACAGAGGAGCAAUAUGUCGAGGAUCUGAUCAAUGGCAUUGAGCGUUAUAGUCGCAUCUUUAGACGCCGUUCAACGUUGCCGCCGGGUCUCGUUGGACAGCAGCACGUUCUCCUCUCGAAUAUUACAGAGAUUGCGGCGCUCCAUCGGCAUCGCAUUCUGCCCCUGAUGUUGCAUCAUCGCCAGCAGCUGGAACUGCUCUUCGAGCGCUGGUAUUCACUCGUUGAGCGCGACUUUUUUUACUGCUAUGUUCUGUUCGUGGCUAAUCAGCGGAAUAGUCUGCAUCUCUAUCAUUCCCAUGAGCUUUAUUUUAAGCGUCUGCAAAAACCAAUGGGCGAUCCGCUGGGCAUACGCAGCUUUCUACUGAAACCUGUGCAGCGUAUAGCGAAAUAUCCACUGUUACUCAAUAGAUUCAUUCAGUUAUUCUUCGAGCAUCGUCAGGGUAUCUCGAAGCACGUAUUCACGUUGGCCUGCCGACUAGAGAAACGACUGCGCGAGCUCUUGGAGCGGGCCAAUCAAUCAGAUCAGCUCAACGACAUUAAGAACUUCCGCGUGUCCAGCAUACUCAACGAGGCGGGCUUUGUUACUAUGGGCGACUUCCAGCUGAUCGAUGUUACACUGCGCCGCUGUUACACCUGCAAAUUGUUUGCAUUUAACACCUGCAUCAUCUACACGGAGUGUAAGGGCAACGAGCAACUGUUGCGUGGCACUUUCGCUCUGCCGGAUGUUUGCUUUGUGGCCAAGCAGAAGUCCUUUCUGCUGUGCAAUAAGCAGCACGAAUGUGAGUUCCUUUGCCCGCUAGCAUUGCUUAAAAAAUGGGAGUCGAUAGUGCAUCGGCUGCUUGAACAGUGCGUGAGUAUGGCAAUUGGCGAUGUCGCCAAGGAUACAAAGCACUACGCGGACGACACCAGCGGGCAGCAGCAAGUGGCGCAACGCAAAUCGAUAAACCGCACCAUCUGGUACACGAUGUAGUGACCCAUCCACACAGAAGCGACAUCUUUCUCCUCGCUUACUCGCCUCACCACCUACUGCCACUCUUCGAUGUGAUAUGUGUUUCAGUUGAAACUGAAUCAAAACGGAUAAAAACUGCCGCAAUGGUUGCUACGCGACUCACAAAGCAAACCGAAAACAA